UGUGUGUGUGUGUGUCUGUGUAGGAUCCAGGGUGCAAAAUGAAGAGAAAUGCUGAAUACUUACAGAAAAUCACUCCAGCCCUGAAGGAAUACACUUAACCAGAAGAAAGGAGCACUUUAGAGACCAUGGGAAGUACCACCGCCGCGGUCACACUGAACGCUUCCGGUGAGCUGAACGUCUCCUCCUCAGAUUCGGUCGCCCCUGGAUACAGUAAAGCCGAAAGCGUGUUGCUCGGCAUUUUAAUGUCGCUCCUCGUGCUGGGCAUCGUGUUCGGGAACGUGCUGGUGAUCACGGCCAUCGCCAAGUUCCAGCGGCUGCAGACGGUCACGAACUACUUCAUCACCUCCCUGGCUUGCGCCGACCUGGUCAUGGGCCUCGUCGUGGUGCCCUUCGGGGCGUGCUACAUCAUCCUCAACACCUGGCACUUCGGGAGUUUCUGGUGCGAGUUCUGGACGGCCGUGGACGUGCUUUGCGUGACGGCCAGCAUCGAGACGCUGUGCGUGAUCGCGCUGGACCGCUACCUGGCCAUCACGUCGCCGUUCGGCCGCCAGCUGACCAAGUGCAAGGCUCGCCUGGUGGUGCUGCUGGUGUGGGCGGUGGCGGGGCUCAUCUCCUUCCUGCCCAUCCACAUGAAGUGGUGGAUCUCGGACGAGCCCGAGUCGCUGCGCUGCACGAACAACACCUACUGCUGCGAGUUCAACACCAACGCCGCCUACGCCAUCACCUCCUCCAUCAUCUCCUUCUACAUCCCGCUGGUGAUCAUGGUCUUCGUCUACGGUCGCGUCUUCCAGGAGGCCAAGAGGCAGCUGAGGAAGAUCGAGAGGUGCGAGGGCCGCUUCCGCGCCCAGAGCGGCAGCUUCGCGCAGGACGGCGGCGAGGCCAGGAACGGCGGCAAACGAGCCAAGUUCUGCCUGAAGGAUCACAAGGCUCUCAAGACCCUGGGCAUGAUCAUGGGUGUCUUCACCCUGUGCUGGCUGCCCUUCUUUGUGCUCAACGUGGUGGUGGCCAUCUGGAAGGUGGACAACAUCAAGCUGACCUACAGGAUACUCAACUGGAUAGGUUACGCCAACUCGGCCUUCAACCCGCUCAUCUACUGCAGAAGCCCUGACUUCAGGUGCGCCUUUCAGGAGAUCCUCCGCCUCAGGAGGACGCCCUUCUACAAACAGAGGACUAAAGGUGCCAACGGAAACAUACGUGCUGGGAACAGCUGGCAGAGGGAACUGCUGGCCAGGAAACAGUGCAGCUGGGAGGGCAGGAGCUCGGAUGAGGGGACCGUGGAAAAGGGUGAGAGCAUGUUUCCCCAAACAGUUUGUACCCUCACAGAAACGGUGACGAAGCUCUGACGGCUCUCGCCCGCAUGAAGUCUUAAUUUCGUGAGCGCUGUUAUAGCGCCGCAAUAUUUUACUGGGGGAAAAAGACCAAGCGCAUGAUAAUAUCUGGUCGGGAAUAAGUGUAGAGACAACAGUCGCUUGACUUUAUGUUCUGUGCGUGUCCUGGAAACGGAGAGGUCUCACAUUCACUUUUACUUAAGCAGGGUCACUUUAAAUGUGCUUCUGUGAGUGUGUGUGUGUGUGUGUGUGUGUGUGUGUG